CUCAGCACUCUGCAGGCUUCUGUAGAGAAGUGUGUUUCCUAAACACAGAGUGGAUAAAUACAGCAUAAGAGAGAGGGCGGUAAGAAGCGAACGUCUGCUUUCUGACACCUUAAAAAUGAUGAAUGAAGUCUUCAGCUGUGGUGCCACCAAGCAACACUGGUAUCUUGUUGACUCACAACCAACACUAUGUGGAAGCUUUGUCUAACACAGUUAAAGUUAACUUGAAGAGGACAAGCCAUUAAAGGAAUGGCAAUAUAUAGAAAUGGAUGGACCGUCUUUGGCCUUGUAGUGACACUCGUUAUUUUGGAAACAGUGAACUUCGUUGGAUUUUCAAGUCAGGUUUUUCCGGUACACCAUGAAGAAGAACAAUUCCUACCUCACACCAGAGAGAAAAGAAAUGCGCCAACGAACCAAUGGGAUUACAUUGUUGAUGUUGUACUGAAUCCCUCUGAUGUAGCAACACUUGAGCAGCUUCGGUUUGCCUUAAAUGCUUCUACUCUCCCCAUACAACUUGAUAACAACACAGAGAUCUCUGACAUUAGUAUCACAACAGUCUGUUCCUCAACUGCCAAUGGCUCCCAGUGUAGAUGCGAGGAACAUUUUGCUUGGCCAUACAUCACCUGUGACACAUACGAAACUUGUGAUUACACAUCCAGUGGCAUCUGUACAUGCAUCAAUGCCAUUCCAGCUGAUGGUCAGUCCUGCCUGCCAAUAUCAGAACUGCUAGUUCAGUUUGAGUAUGAAGUAGAUGUGGAGCUGAACGUUUCAAAUAUAGAGACAGUGGACAACCUUCGGCUCCUCCUGGACACUGGUGGUUUUUCUUUGGCCUUGGGUCCCGCUGUGAAUGUCACACACAUUGACAUCACAACAGUGUGUUACCCAAAUGGUACCAACUUCCAGUGCAGAUGUGAGGAACAGUAUGUGUGGUCAUAUGGAAGCUGUAUUACAUAUGGAGCCUGUGAUGAGAUCACUGACGAAACAUGUGGGUGUAUCAACGGUAUUCCAGCCAAUGGGGAAUACUGCAAGCCAAAGGAAGAAGCUGUCCAGCUGUAUGAAUACAUAAUUGAAGUUGAAAUCAGCAUCGUUGACAUUGCACUGAUAGAACGCUUAAGGGAUGCUGUGGAGAUCACCAUUUUUCCUAUUCAGCUCAGCAACACAAUCAACAUCACACAGAUUGAUAUCAUAUUCACUGGACUUCCAGUUUUUUAUGAAUACCUAGUUUUCAUUGAGGUGAACACUACAGGAGCAGACCAGCUGAGAAACACCCUGACAAAUAUACAGUUCCCUGUACAAAUAAGCACCCGGGUAAACAUCUCUGAGGCUUAUAUUACCACAGUCUGCAGCCAAAAUGACACUGCUGUCCAGUGUCGCUGUGAGGACGACUACCUCUGGCCUUGUGAGAAAUGUGCCACCUAUGGGAAAUGUGAUGGUGAUACAAACAACACGUGUGGGUGCAUCAAUGCUAUUCCCACAGACGGACAGUACUGUCAGUCAGUGUACCUUCAAAACCUGACAGCGUGCCUUCUGACAACAACUGCACCAUCAACAGCUUCUCCAGUUGUUUAUGGAUACCUCAUUUCCGUUGAGUUGAACAUCUCAGAUGCUACACUAAUAAAUCAACUGAGGACCAUUCUGAGAAACAUCAGUUAUCCUGUCAACAUAAACAGCCAAAUACAAAUCUAUGAUGUCAACAUUUCCACAGUUUGCUCACCCAGCAAUGGUGGUUACCAGUGCACAUGUGAGGAUCAGUAUCGUUGGUCAUGUGACCAGUGUUUCCUGUAUGGAUACUGUGACAGCAUCACUGAUGACACAUGUGGAUGCAUCAAUGGCAUUCCUCCUGAUGGACGAUACUGCCAGCCUGCUGAUCAGUACAACUUCACAGCUUGUCCACUGACAACACCCUCUCCAUCACCAACAACUCCUGCAGUUUUUUAUGAAUACGAAAUUUCUGUUGAGUUGAACAUCUCAGAUGCUGCAAAAGUAAAUCAACUGAAGACCAAUCUGAGAAACAUAAGCUACCCCAUCAGCAUCGGUCAACAAGUACAAUUCUCAGAUAUCAACAUUUCUACAGUUUGCUCUCCCAGCAGUGGUGGUUACCAGUGCACAUGUGAGGAUCAGUAUCGUUGGCCAUGUGACCAGUGUUUCCUUUAUGGAUACUGUGACAGCAUCACUGAUGACACAUGUGGAUGCAUCAAUGGCAUUCCUCCUGAUGGAGGAUACUGCCAGCCUGCUGAUCAAUACAACUUUACAUCUUGUCCUCUAACAACAACAACAGCAACUCCCUCAUCAACAACUCCUCCAGCUCUUCACGAAUACCUAAUUUCUGUUGAAUUGAACAUCUCAGAUGUUACACUAAUAAAUCAACUGAGGACCAUUCUGAGAAACAUCAGUUUCCCCAUCAGCAUCAACAACAAUAUACAAAUCUAUGAUGUCAACAUUUCUACAGUUUGCUCUCCCAGCAGUGGUGAUUACCAGUGCACAUGUGAGGAUCAGUAUCGUUGGCCAUGUGACCAGUGUUUCCUGUAUGGUUACUGUGACAACAUCACUGAUGACACAUGUGGAUGCAUCAAUGGCAUUCCUCCUGAUGGAAGAUACUGCCAGCCUGCUGAUCAGUACAACUUCACAGCAUGUCCUGUUACAACACCCUCCCCACCUCCAACAGCUCCUCCAGCUGUUCAUAGUUACAUGAUUUCUGUUGAGUUGAACAUCUCAGAUGUGACACUAAUAAAUCAACUGAGGACCAUUCUAAAUAACAUCAGUUACCCCAUCAGCAUCAACGAACACAUACAAAUCUACGAUGUCAACAUGACUACAGUUUGUUCCCCAAAUGGUACGACAUUCCAAUGCAAAUGUGAAGAACAGUAUCAGUGGCCGUGUCAUAUGUGCAACACUUUUGGGACAUGUGACGAUAUAAUUGACAAUACUUGUGGAUGCAUCAAUGCCAUUCCUCCAGAUGGGGUUUAUUGCCAGGCACUAUCCGAACUCUACUUUUGUCCAUCACCAACUCCUCCAAAUGCUACCACCACUGUUGCAACAACGCAGAGCACUACUACAAUCUUAACACCAACCCCCACUGUCAUAACUGACACAACACUCUACUCUACAGCAGAGCCAAACAUCACUACAGCUGCAACAACUCCAAUAACAGUUGUAACAAACACAACACUCUAUUCUACAGCAGAGCCAAACAUAACUACAGCUGCAACAACUCCAAUGACAGUUGUAACAAUUACAGACACAACACUCUAUUCUACAGCAGAGCCAAACAUCACGACAGCUGCAACAACUCCAAUGACAGUUGUAACAAAUUCAACACCUGUUGCUACAACAGAUAUGACCACGACAACAGCUGUUACACCAACAGAAAUUACAACAUAUUCAACAACAGUUGCUCCAACAAGUGUAAAUACAACAACAGUCAACACAACACCAACAACAGUAACAAAUUCAACGCCGAUUCCCACAACACAUCAAAACACGACAACACCUUUAAAUCCACCAACAACUGUAGUAACAAACUCAACACCUGUGGUUACAACAGCCACAACUCCCACAACAAUUAUUGUGACCAAUUUUACAACAGUUGCUACAACAGUUGCUACAACAAACGUGGAUUCAACAACGCCAACCAGAACUCCAACAACUGUAACAGAUUCAACACCAUUUGAUACACCCACAACACCACCAAAAACGACUGUUACCACUGCACCAACAACAACUGCAACAACUCCAACAAUAGCUCCAACAACAGCUGCUACUACCAAGACCACAACCACUACGACCACUAUCCCCACCACAGCCUCUACCACAGUUGCUACUGCUAUCCCCACCACCACUACCAGCCCACCUGAUAGUAGUACCCUUUCAACAACUAGGGCACCCUCUUCACCUACAAUUCCAACUCCAACUGUUCCAGGACUCAAGGUGGAAAUGUCAGUGGAAUUCGACUUGGAAUUUAAACCAGGAUAUAGUGAUAGCACAAGUGCUGAAUACCAAGAUCUGGAAAGAAGGGUUAAUUCAGUGUUACAGGAGCAGUAUAAAGGAAUCACAGGGUUUAUCAAUGCUUUUGUGACUGGAUUCAGGGAAGGAAGUGUAAUUGCAGAAUUUAUUGUUCAGACAACACAAGUUGAUUCGAGUCAAGUGGCCGAAGUAAACAAUAACCUCACUGACGCAAUGAAGGCUAUUGCCCCUGUCCUUAAAGUGUCUGCACACUAUAAUAGUCCACGCUCACUGAGCUUCCCAGACCUUACUUAUACUGGUAAACCCAUGAAACUGACAUGUGAGCCUGCUGAGAACUUCAAUGUGGGAGAAAUCUCUGGUUCUAAGUGGAAAAAAAUUGGAGAAGGUGAUAUCAGAGAAAGUGAAAGGAUUUCAGUAUCUACUUCUAGUAAGAAGUCUGUGCUUGAAAUUAAGAAUGUCAUCCUUGCUGAUAUUGGACGCUACGAAUGCACUCUGACUAGUAAAGAGGUGAAUUUCAGACAAAGAGGAGACGUAACAAACGUGAAUAUCAAAGCAGCUCCUGUUUUACAACUAAAACGUAACAUUAAUGUUAAAUGUGAUGGGACGGACGGACAGAAACAGCCAAUUCGGUGCUGCGUGCAGAAGCCCUAUAAGGUCAAAUGGUUUCGCUUAAAUUCACCUUUGGUUUCCAGUGUCGACGAGGACAGUGCAGAAACCUUUUGCAGAACGUAUGAAUACAAUCUAGAAGGCUGCAGCGAGUCACAACCAAUAAGUUUUAAGUGUAAGGUAGAAGAUCUACAAGUUUCUGAAACAACAACACUGACCAUUUUCAAAGAAGGUGGUAAAUGUAAUAAAGAUCCGUAUGGGGAUGGAAAAGUCGGCGACAUAUCAGAGAUAGAAUGUGAUAGUGGUCAAGAGGGGAGCAAGACUGCAGUCUGUCAGGAAACCGGAGAGUGGAAAUUGCAGAAGGACACCUGCAUCAUUGUACAAGUCAAGGAAUUAUUGAUUGUUUCAGAGGAUUUGGUUAAGGAGGAAGUGCCAGCCUUUGUGGCAAAUUUAAGUGAGACUGUCAAAGAAGAAAAAUCAAAAAUUGCAAAUUCAUCUGCAACCAUAUCAGCUAUUGUUGACAUCCUAAACAACAUUGCAAAUGUUUCCUCUGCUGGAGUCAGUGAAGCUGUCAUACAAGAUGUACUUGAAACAGUUGAUGCCAUUGUUGGUGAUGAUUCAAGAGAGUCUUGGGAAGUUCUGAAUUCAAAUGGAUCCCACAGUGCAAGCUCAGAAUUAUUGCUUUCACUGGAGAACCUCUCUGAAGGGUUGGAUGGGGAGAUUGCGUUUGAGACUGAACGGAUCCAUCUCAACAGAGCACCGUUUGACAACUCAUUUAGGGCAGAUCUGAACAACAGCAUUGUCCUAGACAUUCCAGACACCAACCUCAGCAAUGUCUUUAUCACCACCAUGAUCUUCUCCACCCUUAAUAAUGUCUUGCCAGCACGGAACUCCAGCUUUGACACCAGCCUCCUCAACGGCACCAUUAAUGAUACUGUCACGGAUAAUGCCAUUAACGCUGCAGUGGUGCUUGUCAAAAUAAAUGCAACAAUUCAGAAUGUUACUCUGAGCUAUGACAAGCUGAACAUGUCCCUGUCAUUAAACCCACAGUGUGUCUUCUGGAACUUCACACUGUUUGAUAAUCUCGGUGGUUGGGAUGAUGAAGGUUGUACGUUUGUUUCAGACAUAAAUGACACGGUAAAGUGCAACUGUAACCAUCUCACCUCUUUCUCAAUUCUGAUGGCAACAAACAUCCCUCCAGAACUGAGAAAAGUCUUGGAUGUAAUCACUUAUGUUGGAGUUGGGAUAUCUCUGGCAAGCUUAGUCAUCUGUCUCAUUAUUGAAGGAUACGUUUGGAAAGCCAUCACCAGAAAUAGCACUGCCUUCAUGCGUCACGUUUCCAUCAUUAACACUGCCCUUUCUCUGUUGAUUGCUAACAUCUGCUUCAUCAUUGCUGCCAGUAUCGCUAAGAACCCCCUUGAAAACCCAGGGGAGAACUAUGAAGUUCCAAAGGGACCAUGCAGCACAGCAACAUUUUUUAUGCACUUUUUCUACCUUGCUCUGUUCUUUUGGAUGCUUGUGUCAGGCCUUCUUCUCUUUUACCGGACAGUCAUGGUCUUCUCCCACAUGUCCAAGUCAACCAUGUUGGCUAUUGGCUUCACAUUAGGCUAUGGUGGCCCUCUGAUUAUUGCCAUAAUUACUGUUGCUGUCACAGCCCCGAGCAAUGGAUACAUCAGGAAAGACUUUGCUUGUUGGCUCAACUGGCUUGAGACAAAGGCCCUGCUGGCAAUGGUGAUACCUGCCUUGACUAUAGUUUUCAUCAACAUUAUAAUUGUUUUUGUGGUUUUGUUCAAAAUGUUGAGAAGAGGUGUCGGAGACACUGCCCAAGCAGAUGAAAAACACACUCUUGUGGUUAUUUUAAGGUGUGUAGUAAUUUUGACUCCUUUAUUUGGACUGACCUGGUCUCUGGGAGUGGGAACCAUGAUAUCGUCAACAAAUCAGGGAAUCCACAUUGCUUUUGCAUUCUUCAAUUCGCUACAGGGUUUCUUCAUUUUAGUGUUUGGGACACUAUUCGAUUCAAAGAUCCGCUCUCUCCUCUCAAGACGAUUACCUACAUCAAGCACAGGCUCAGGCUCCAAUCCAACAAGAAGUACAAGUGGUGGCAUUUCCUCUCUCAGUGGAUUAAGCUGGAUAAGUCGACUGCGUGGAAGAAGAUAUGUCUAUCAUUUGUCAGAAGCGGCAAACUCAAGCAGCAAUGGUGCAUCAGAGUCCUUCUCCAACAUUUGAAUCACCACAUCAUGGUGUACAUGUAUACAUUUAUUUUAUUCAUGAGUCAAAAGAACAUAUAAGAAUAUUUUUGUAAAAUGUAUAGCACAUUAUCAGAAAUUUCUAACAAUAAAGUUCACUGGA